AAAAGGCGACACGCGGUGACACUCUGCGACACGCGGCGACCCUCUCGCGUCUCUCCACCGACUCUACCACCUCGUUCCUCAUGGCUCUUGUCGAACUACUCGGCCCGACCGUCGUGCACGGAGACGACAAAAAAUCCGUCGACGUGUCGAGUCUGUCCGGCGAAGGCAAAGCGAUCGGCAUCUAUUUCUCCGCUCACUGGUGCGGCCCAUGUCGCUCGUUCACGCCGCGACUCGCAGACUUCUACAAGAAAAUGAAGUCCGGCCAGAAGGGUGCGAAACUAGAGCUCGUGUUCGUCAGCUCCGAUCGAGACGAGAAGAGCUUCGACGAGUACUUCAAGGAAAUGCCGUGGCAUGCGUUGCCGUACGAUCAGCGAGACAAGAAGAGCCAACUGUCGUCGAAAUACAAAGUGCGCGGCAUUCCGACGUUGGUCUUCGUCGACGGACAGACUGGCCGUCUUCUUACUGCCGACGGUCGCAGCUUCGUGCAGUCGGAUCCGUCCGGUGAGGAGUUUCCGUGGCACGACAAGACGUUUUUGGAGGUGAUACCCGGGAAGGUGACCGGGAAGGGCGACGAGGAGUUGGAUUUUGAGAAGGAUCUGAAGGGAAAGAUUCUGGGCGUGUAUUUCUCCGCGCAUUGGUGUCCUCCUUGUCGAAGUUUUACUCCUCAGCUGGUCGAAUUCUACAAGACAAAGCAAAAAACUGACCCGGAUUUCGACAUAAUUUUUGCUAGCUCUGAUCGGGAUGAUGAAGCUUUUAAGGAGUAUUUUAGUGAGAUGCCGUGGAAAGCGAUUCCGUUUGGCGACAAGCGGAAAGAACAGCUAUCCAAGUUGUACGGUGUAUCAGGUAUCCCAACGCUGGUCUGGGUAGACAAAGAUGGGAAGACGAUCACUACAAAUGGACGAGCAUGUGUUUCUGAUGAUCCAGAGGGCAAGGAUUUUCCUUGGUACCCCAAACCUGUGAAUGAACUGUCUGGCAGUCAGGCAGCCAUCAUCAACGAUGCACCAUGUCUCAUCUAUUUCACAAAAGAGGACGAUGCUAGCGUUGACAAGGCAAAAAAUGCAUUAAAAUCUAAAGCACAAGAGCUAUAUGAUGCGGCAAAGAGCAAAGGUGAAGAUGAGCAGAAGCUAUAUUUCUUCUAUGCAAAAUCGAAUGAAGACAUCAUAGAGUCCCUAACAGAAUUUGCAAGUCUUAGUACUGAUUUCCCACAACUUGUCAUCUUGGAUGUUCCUUCAGGCUCAAAGUAUGUAUCUGACAGCAAAGAACCCGAUGAUACAGCUGUGAAAAGUUUCGUAGACGAUUACCUAGCUGAGAAACUGAAGAAGACAAGCAUCAGAUAAACUGUCGGUAGUACUAUACCAUAGUGAUCUGAUCGGACAACAGCGGUUGCCUAGAAUGUGCUGAACAUUAUCCUGGAAGAAGGCGUAUUGCAUGAGUUAUCUGCUUAUGUUUAUGUAUAAUGUCUGUAUUUUCACAACCAUGCUGUAGUGCUUGCUGUAUCUAAUCUAAUUUUGAAAUUACAGUGCAAAUUGCAUUUA